UUACGUGUUAAAACCGCGACAACAUAGCAGGGAAACUCAUUGGCAGCACAAGGGAUGAGACCUCAGAUUAUUAAACUGAAAUAAAUUCGUAGAGUGAGCAACCGACUUGCUCAGGGGCAUCGCAAAUAAAUACAUAAACACACCUCCAGUUUUCUCAACAGCAUUUGAUUUUUGAUUAGCCAGCUGGACAAGCACUAGGAAGAGCAAGGUGUCAAAUCGUCGCAGUGAUAGUUACUGAGGUAGCUACCAAGUCCAUCAUCCUAGACUGUAGCGACUUGGCAUAGGCAUUUUAUAUGUAUAGGUUUCUGUCCGGUUUAGCGAAACAUUUUAAUCAAGAAAAUUCGCAUUUCGCUAAGACUGACCCUAAUAUGACUAGCUAGCUAGUCUCCUAUGAUAAGUUAGCAUUGGUGCCUGCCUGAUCGACGUGGCUAACUUCACUUGCUGGGCAUAAUUGGCAAGAACGACAUCUUUCUGCAUCAUCACAGAAUGAACGAAGACGAGUUGGUGGAGUACUUUCGGGCGCAGAUGAGGCAGGAUCCGGAUGUAGCCUCUGCAGUUGCAGCCAUCCGCACCCUGCUGGAGUUCCUAAAAAGAGACAAAGGGGAAACUAUCCUGGGUCUGAGGGAGAACCUGACGCAGGCCAUCGACCGGCUGACAGAAGUGGACUCCUCAGUGGCCGUGUCCUCCGGAGGAGAGCUGUUCCUGCGUUUCAUCAGCCUCACUUCACUCGAGCAUCAUGAUCUGUCACAGUGCAAGAAGGUAAUGGUUGAAAGAGGAGAACUUUUCCUGAAGAAAAUCUCGCUGUCCAGGAACAAGGUCGCAAAGCUGUGCCACACCUUCAUUAAAGAUGGAGCGAAAAUCCUGACGCACUCGUCCUCCCGAGUGGUGCUCCGGGUGCUGGAGAAGGCCGCAGCCGAGAAGAAGCGCUUCAGCGUGUACGUCACCCAGUCCCAGCCCGACUGCGCAGGGAAACAAAUGGCGGAGGCACUGAAGAAUCUCAACGUUCCCGUCACUGUAGUUUUGGAUGCUGCUGUGGGGUACAUCAUGGAGAAGGUGGACCUGGUGAUCGUGGGAGCUGAAGGUGUGGUGGAAAGUGGAGGGGUCAUCAACAAGAUCGGCACCUACCAGAUGGCCGUGUGCUCCAAGGCGCACAACAAGCCCUUCUACGUGGUGGCGGAGAGCUUCAAGUUCGUGCGGCUCUACCCUCUGAACCAGCAGGACGUCCCGGACAGAUUUAAGUACAAGGCUGACACCCUGAAGACUGUGGAGAACCUGAACGAGGAGCACCCCAUGAUCGACUACACGCCCCCCUCCCUCAUCACACUGCUCUUCACGGACCUGGGCGUCCUGACCCCCUCAGCAGUCAGCGAUGAACUUAUCAAGCUGUACUUGUGACCGGCCUGGCAACGUCAAUAAAGUAAAGCCAACAUCAAAA